AUGGCUGACUUCGACCCAUCAAAGCCGAUUGACGACCCACAGGUCUGGUUCCCCAAAGGCAUGUUCAUCAACAAUAAGGUGCAGCAAUUGACCAUCAAGAUCCAUGCUGCCGAUGAUGAUGACAAGACGUUCAUUCUGAAUCAUGACAAGAUGGUGGCAUUCAGUAGAUUUCUUUGGACGGGCAAAUUGCUCCCAACUAACCGCGACUCCUAUAUCAAAACUUUGGGACUUACUACCACGGAGGAAAUAACCGAUCAAGUCUGGGAUGAGAUAGAUAAUCUACUCAAAACCUAUACUGAGAUAUCCAAGGAUUGUACACAGUUUAAAGAAGUCACUUGGGACAAACUUGUUGAUCUCUCAGGACAGAUCAAGACAUACGCUACCAUGGCUGGCGGAACAUCGAGCAGCUCGUAUUACCAAGGCAUGUUAGAAUGGGUUGGAAAGUACAAUGACGAGCAAAGUAAGCCUGAUCCCGACCAGAAAACGCUUGAUGAUCUAGCCAAUGCUAUCAAAGGAACGAUUGAAGAGGAACAGAAAAAGAUUCAGGAUAUACAGGAUCAUAUCAAAGAGGCCCUGGCUGCCCUGAGUACGUUCCACGAUAACUGCAAGGGCUACGAGAACACACUUGGGGAAGAUGGGAAAACCCUACAGGCACUUCUGGAAAAGGAGGGCAAUGAUGUUGAACAUUUAACAAGCGAAAUCAACAAAGAGUUGAAAGAGAUUGAGGAUCUACGAACACAAAUUGACAGAGAUUUCCAAAAGAUGGAAAAGUCCCUAAUUUAUGUUUACGUCCCGUAUGUUGGGGCUAUUGUUUCUGCGGUGGUAAUGUUCAAGGGCUCGGCUGACAUCGACCGACUGAAGGCGGCCAUGGAAGGAAUUCAGAAACUUUUGGAUGCAAACAAAGAAAAAUUACAAACGGCUUGCCGUUUGCAAGGGGAUAUAUCAUCUAUGGGGACCCAGUUAACAGGCUUUCUCAACGUUAUGAAACCUGCUAUUGAGACGCUUGAAGCGCUUCAGGGGGCAUGGGCCGAAAUGAAUACUGACCUUCAGACCCUCUACGAUUUGUUUCAAGAUGAAAAGCAGUCUAUUCCGCCCAUGCUACUGGAGAAGCGGCAGUUGAAAACCAUCGUUGAUGCUUGGAACGAUUUGAAAGCUUAUGCUAAUGACUAUAUUGAACAUGCGUUCAUGACGGAUGACCCAGAACAAGUCACAAUUCAGGAUUACGUGAACCAGCUGGACAGUGCAGUCAAUUGA